CGCUUUUGCCCCGACUCCAUUCAAAUUAAGGGUUCUGAUUUUCUCUUCUUGUGGUUCCUCGAACUAAAUUUCGUUUCUUCUCCUCGCGCACUUCGAGCUUCUGGGCUUAUAUCCUCCCUGUCCAGAUUUUCAAGCCUAUUGAAAUUCUUUUAUGUGAUGAAGGAUGCUUGCAUUGUUCACAGAUCUCACAUUUCUUGUCUCUGAAACCGAAAUGGGACUGUGACUUAUUGUUUCCCUGGCUAUCCUUUGCUGAUUGGGGAGUUUUGAUCUGAAGAAGUUUAUCGCUGCAAUGGAUUGCAACAAAGAAGAGGCUGCGAGGGCGAAAAACCUAGCAGAAAAAAAGAUGAGUGCUGGUGAUUUUAUUGGAGCCCAGAAACUUGUUACGAAGGCUCAAAUACUCUUCCCCGAACUCGAAAACAUACUGAAGAUGACAGCCAUAUGUGAUGUGCACUCUUCUGCAAGUAAGAAAAUCAAAGGGCUUGACAAUUGGUAUGGUAUCCUUCAGGUUCAGUUUUCUGCUGAUGCCCUCACAAUCAAAAAGCAAUACAGAAAGCUCGCGCUGCUUCUCCAUCCAGACAAGAACAAGCUUGCUGGUGCAGAGGCUGCUUUUAAGUUGGUUGGGGAAGCAAACAGAAUUCUUUCUGACCAGAUAAAACGGUCUCAGUAUGAUAUCAGAUACAGAUCCCAUUUACUGCUUGCUAGGCAGUCGAAUGCAAACUCUGGUCGCCACUGUUCAGCUGCAAACAAUCCUGCAGAGAAUUUUGCAAGUGGACACACGUUCUGGACGUGUUGCAGAAACUGUGGCCAGAGGUAUAAACACUUGAAACUUCACAUGAACAAAAUUAUGCACUGUUCCACUUGCCAGAACUCUUACGUCGCCUGCAACAUCGGGUGUGAUGGGGUGCCACCUAGUAGAUCAGCCGCUGGUGUAAGACAAUUUCAAGAUCGAGGGGUGCCAUCUCGGCAGAAUGCUUCUACAGGAGCAGAAUCAGAAAGUUCAUCAGCUGAGAUGGAUAAAAAUGAGACUGUCGGAGGGAAACUCAACAAGAAGAAUCAAGCAAAUCAGAAAAGAGGUUCUGGUGAUAGGAAACCCAAGAAAGAUGAGGACUGUACAAAGAAUGACGCUGUAGGAGAAAAACCCCAGAAAGGUGAGGCAGUUACAAAUAAUUCUGCUGAAAUACCUAAACCUGAUGUACUGAAGCCGCAGCCUGAAGUAGACGAAGCAGAGACUAGUGCAGCAAAGUCAAUGCCUGAUAUAUCAGCUUCAAAGAAGAAUCAGGCAGCCAAAAAAAGGAGAAAAGCUGUUGAGGAAUCCUAUAAGAGUUUUGAGUUUGAUGACUCUGAUGUUGUUGGGGCCACGAAUAGGAAGUCGUCGAGGAAAAAGCCGCAGGUUUCUUAUGCAGAGGGGAAAAGCUGUUGUGAUUUUGUAAGCCCUCCAACAAAAAAGACAAAACCAGGUUGUGAAUUUGAGUCUGGCUCUAAUACGAAGCAAACGGCUGAGGUUAAUAAGUCACCUGAACUUGUUGAUUCUGGUGUUUCUCCUGCUUCUUCGCAUGCUUAUAAACGAAAAGCCAAGGAAAUUGCGAAAUCUGGAAAUGAAGACGUGUUGUCAGCCAAAAACAAAGAGAGUGAAGGCUGUGAUGGUACUGGAGCCGAUGAAGCUUUGUCGAACAAGAUUGAUAAAGUUGAAAAUGGAUUCAAAAGUAACGAAAAUCCUAAGACCGUGGAUAUACCUGCUCCAGAGUUCAAUGUGUUUGAAGCUGAACGGAAAACUGAAAACUUUGCUGUCAAUCAAGUAUGGUCUAUCUGUGAUCCUAGAGAUGGUAUGCCCCGGAAAUAUGCUCGGGUAAAGAAAGUGCUGGAUGCCGACUUCAAGCUGCGGAUUACCUAUCUUGUGCCUGUUCGGAAAAAGAAUGAUGAAAGUAUUCCAGUUGCUUGUGGAAUGUUCAAAAAUGGGGAAUCAGAAGACGUUGAGGACCGCUCAAUCUUUUCAGGUCAGAUGUUUCACUCGGUUUGCAACAGGAUGGUUAACAUACAUCCAAGGAAAGGAGAAAUUUGGGCUGUUUUCCGAGAUUGGAAUGAAGAAUGGAACUCUAGUCCAGAAAAGCAUGAAUUACCAUAUAAGUAUGACUUUGUGGAAAUUGUGAAUGAUUAUAAAGAGGAUGUUGGGGUCGGAGUGGCUUAUCUGGGAAAACUUAAAGGAUUUGUUUCCCGAUUUCACUGGGAGCCGCAGGAUGAAAUUUGCCAGAUCCAAUUUGCUCCGAACGAGAUGCUUAGCUUUUCUCACAGAGUUCCAGCAGUCAAAAUGACCGGAAAGGAGAAAGAAUGUGUUCCAGCUGUCUCGUAUGAACUGGACAUUGCUGCAUUACCAAAAGAUAUAUCUCAGGUUGAUGCAGUUGAUAUGGGGAUGGAUAGUGAGACCUUGAAAGGUAAAGUUGGUGGCCCUUAUCCCGAAGCUCCCAAGGUAGAAGUGAAGCCUGAGACUGUUGCAGAGACAGCUCCAUCUCCAAGGAAACGUCGGAAAUUUGAUGAUGAUGAUGAUGAUGAUAAUGGUGGGUGCAGUAAUCUUGGGGAAGUCAAAGGCAGAACCAGCAGAAGCCGUGGUUUUGCUUCUUGUCAAGUUGAUGAAAAGAAGACACCAAACGAGUCCAGAAAGAAUGGUGAGUCCGCAGAUGUUUUCAAACUGCGAAAAUCUCCUCGUCUUCUGACAGUUCCAAGCCAACAAAGAGAUGAGAAGAAAAGUGCUAAACAAGGCAAUACUCCAAAGAAAACUGAUAAGGGUUCUUUGGGAAUCAGAAAACCUCCCAAUGGCAUUCGCCAACCAGCAGAUAUUCAGGAAGGAGAAAGCUCUACGAAACAAGGUCGCAAUUGCGAAUUACCGUCUCUGUCCAAGCAGAAUGAUUUGCCAACUCAGUUGGAUGGUUGUACGAAUGACUCCCCUGAGAUAACUCCUGUGUCAUCAAGUUGCAAAACACCGCGAAGAAAUGCAUUUGACUUCGAGAACCAGAGAUCUGAAGACAAAUUUAGAGUUCAUCAGAUUUGGGCUAUUUAUAGCAAUGACAAGGGAAUGCCUACAGAGUAUGUGAAGAUCAAGAAAAUCAACACCAAGCCUGUAUUCAAGUUAUACGUAACUCAUAUGGAACUCUAUCCGCCAUCUGCAGAAACCCUGACUCGCCCUGUUUCCUGUGGGGAUUUCAAGUUGAUAACCAAAAAAGCCAAGAUCAUUCCUCGCACCAGCUUCUCACAUCAGGUCAAUCCUGUUGACACUAAGAAAAACAUAGUCAAAGUAUUCCCAAGGAAAGGUGAGAUAUGGGCUCUAUAUAAGAACUGCGAUAGCACCAAAGAAGAACAUGACAUUGUAGAAGUGGUGAGGGAUUACUGUGAUGGCAAGGAGAUUGCAAAGGCGGUGGCUCUGGCUGCUAAGGGCUCUAGUUCACCGUACAUGAUUCAGAGCAACCAAGGGUCCAAUGCAGGUUCUAUAGACAUCCCGAAGGCGGAAAUGAGUAAUCGGUUUUCUCAUCAGAUUCCGGCUAAAAAACACACGAAGAGAAGAACACGGCUAGGUGAAGAAGGAUACUGGGAGCUUGACCCGAGGGCAAUUCCAGGUCGCACCAUGGUCUUAGACUGAGCACAGUUCCACAAUCUGAGUCGUAAGUUUGCAUUGCAUUCUACUUCUUGGAUCAGAGAUUAUUUGCAGAUAUGCGUAAUUGCCAGAAGCGAAGCUUAUUACUAUAAUCUAAAUGGUCGCUUAAGUUUGGUGAUUCCCGUGAAAAUUACCAGAGUUUAUUAUGUUAUGUGGCGAUGCCUUUUGACUGCCAAAAAACAUUGUUUGCAAACUUUGUUGCUCUUAUUUUCUUCUCUUCUGUGCAGCGGAGAAGAAUCUAGUACUCUAAUUAAUCGCAAAUUGAAUGUAAACGCAGCGUUUAUA